AUGUCUAAUAGUUAAGAAAGAGAACAAGAACUAAAGUAAAUUCGCAAAGAAAUGUUAAAAGAUGCAGAAAUGAAUGCUCAAAAAUAAAGAUUUGGAUUGUUUUCAUCUCCUGUUCCUUUAGGAUUAGGAGAUGAUAGUAUGGAGAUGAGAAAGAAACGUAAUUCAUGAGAAUAAAUUUGUUUAGCUUAAAGAGGAGAGAAUGGGAAGCCCAUAACAGAACCCUCUAAUAUUAAGGUUAGUGCUACUAGGACUGGCAGAAUUAGAUCUUCAUAUUUUGGACCUUUGAGUUUUACAACAGUCGGGGAUCCAUACAUAGAUCCAGAAAAAGUGUUAAUACAUUAUGAGAAGGAGCAAAAGAAGCUAUUCAAUAAGGAGGCUCCCUUCAAACCUCCAUCAGGUUAUAAAGAAUUGAUUGGGAGUGCCUAUUAGCACAUGAAAGACUACGAUUACAAAAAGGUGGAGAGUAGAAAAUAAUCGGAUGGACGAGUGUAUUCUGCACCACGCAAUGUUACAACAAACCCAAGAUGUAAGGUGAUGGAUAAAUCGAUUCCUUAUAUGACUGACGAUUACAAUAGAUAUAGUGACUUUGAGAGAGUAUUUAAAUUUUUAAGAUAAAGAAAGCAAGAAUGUAAAGUAAGAGCAAAGAAAAGGAGUAGCCAUUUCGAAGUACUGUGCAUGGAGGACCAACUUUUGAGAAAGAUAAAAAUUUAUAUGGAGAAACUAAGAUGCCUUCUACAAGUUAGAGGAAAUCCCCAGAUCUAAAAUAAGCAAAGCAUGAAUCAGCUUUUAGACCAGUAAAUGGAUUGAAGAAAGGUUUAGAUGGAUUAUUUGGUCAUUUUGAGUACAAGCCUGAUCCAAUGAAAGAGAUUAAGAGAUAGUUUAGUUCUAAGAAGGAGCGAGAAAGUUUUAAGUAAUAGUAGAGUAUAAAAUAAUAGACCUGCAGAUUUGGGAAAUAAGACAAGGCCUAAUCCAACUAUUUCUUGUUUUAAAAUGAAUAUAAGGAGAGAGAUGGCUGGACAUUAUUGA